AUGGAAACGCUCGAGAAGUUUCAGGAUGGAUUGAUAGACCUGAUCAUAACGACCGACGCCCUAGAGGAAGGAAUAGAUAUACCAGCAUGCAACACAGUCCUGAACUUCAACUGUCCCUUGAAUUUAAAGUCAUUCAUUCAGCGACGUGGGCGUGCACGAAGACAGCAGUCCAAAUUCAUCAUUAUUCUUCAAGAUGGAGAGGACUUAAAUGAUGUGAAAUCCGUACAGCGUUUGGAAAGUGAGCUGUUGAGAAAGCUUCAGGAUGAGGAAAGGACAGUACUGCCAGAUGACUUGAAAAACGACGAACAGCUAAGAGACUCAUUGACUUUCAGUACUUCCACAGGGGCUCAAAUGACCAUGGGAAAUGCCAUUAGCCACCUGUAUAGGUUCUGCUCAGAGCUACCAGCCCAGCCAUAUGUGAGUAAUAAACCUGUAUUCAACUGCGAGAUGGAUGGGUGCAGCCAGGUACAGGCAAUUGUCCGGCUGCCGAGCAAUCUUGACCCAUCCCUUCACACCUUCAAUAGUCUCAAAAAAUGGGCUAGGAAAAGGUGGGCAAAGGAGGAUGCAGCCCUCCAAGCAUACAAGGCCUUGUACCAUGCCGGACUCGUCAAUGAUUAUCUUCUCCCCUUGCGGCUGUCGGACAUUCUUGAAAAAGAUCUGUUACCAAGGUCGCACUACUUGAUCCCUGAGCAGCUAGAUCCUUGGCAUGAUGUUGCUUUGCUCUGGUCUGGUGGACGGGAGCUAUUUUGCCACGAACUUCACAUUGUCCGACCACAGAAAGAGGACAUCAAGCUCUUUAUGAUUCUCUCAGUUCCACUGAGGACAGAAGUUCGUAUUCAAUUGUUUCUGGAUUCCGACACGGAGCAUACAGCAGUUGUCAGUUCGGCUAGAGCAAUAACCACGGACAUCUCAAUAUGUCAACAGGCGACACAUUUAAUUCUACAGUCCGUAUAUGGAGGCCACGAAGAUCAAACAAGCAUCGACUACGUUCAUAUCCUUGUCCCAGAUAGGGAUCCCGUUGCGAUUUCUGGAUUUCUUGAGAGUCAUUCCGGAAGGACAAGCCUCGCCGCCUGGUUUCCGACACGCCGAGCUCGGCCCGGUUCGCUUGGGCUCAUGCGCCAUGUCACAAAGGCCUGUCGCCCACUGCUUGUUGAAGAGCUGAAGGAAUUCGAGGACGAGGGCCCUCAUAGCAAUGAUGCCAGCCUAGCAAUCAGAGGCAAGAUACACCCCUUAACCAGACGCCGGAACUUCCUCCAUAAGCCAGCGCUGGUAACAGCUACACCGAUAGAGAAGCGGCAAUCGCCCCUUGUCGUCGAACAGAAACUGGGCGAGCUGGCUGUUGAAGAUUAUUUGGUCGAUCGGCUUCCGUCAGUCUAUGCUGAAGCUGCCGUGUUAGCUCCCAGCAUAAUCCAUAAGAUUGGAGUAUAUCUGAUCGCGGAAAAGUUAAAGGACAGAAUGUUUUCAAAUGCCCAAGCAGCCCCUUUUGAACGAAUGGACUUGCUAUCCAUUGCUAUCAACCCAACCGAUAUAGUGCAUCGGUCCGAGUUUCGCUCUAUGGCGUUUAUCGGGGAUACAAUCGCAAAGUUUCUCAUAACGAGACAGCUCUUUCUGCAUCAUACGCUAUGGCACGAGGGCCUUUUGACAAGCAGCAAGAAUUCCAUUGUGUCUGAUGCAGGGCUUGCAGCGGCUGUAUGCCAUUCUGGGUUUGGGCACUAUCUCAUGACUACACGGUUUAACGGAAAACGAUGGCGGCCGGCUUUCGUGUCAACAACAUUGUCAAACGGCAGUCGAACCAGGCAGAGACAUGUUGGUGCCGCUACUGUUGCUGAUAUGGCCAAGGCCUUGGUAGGCGCUGCCUUCCUAGACAACGGCCUGGAUCAAGCUGUCAUAUGUAUAGCAGCAAUGAUCCCUAAGAUCAAGAUUUGGACCACAGGAUCUCUUCAUGAUGGCACAUAUUCCAAAUCUCGGCCACCCAAAGCACUGGGGGCAACAACGAUCGUAGAUUUGGAAGACCUGCUUGCAUACACCUUUUCUGAUAAGAGUCUGGCAAUAGAAUCAAUGACACACGCUUCCUGUGUCGGACUCUACGGUACAACAUCCUAUCGGCGUCUGUCGUUUCUUGGGGCUGCGGUCAUCGAUUUAGUAGUUGUCACAUAUUUACAUCGACACAAUAGAUGGAUGAGCUCUAAAAGACUGCAAUCUUUGAAAUCGGCUGUGACCAACAAUAUGUAUCUCGCCUUUGUCUGUCUCACAUUUUAUCGGGAGAAGGAACAGGAUACUAUCGAGGUUGAUAGUAAGGGCAUCCCGGGUGUCAUCCGGAGUAGUCACCGAGUGGCUCUGUAUAAUUUUAUACGCUCACAAAGCGACACACUCUCUGCCAAGCUAUCCGGCCUUACGAAAAGUUUUACCAGUCACCUACACAUCGUCAAGGGGGACCUGUGGGAAAAACGAGUAUACCCCUGGGCACACCUCAGUGUCUUUCGAGAUCUCAAAGUACUCUCUGACAUUGUCCAAAGUGUUUUUGGUGCGAUAUAUGUCGACUCUUUCGCGAACCUGCAGGAAUGUGAGGCUCUCGCUGAGAAACUAGGAAUUCUGCCACUUCUUGAGCAUUUCAUAGCGCACGAUGUGGCGACCGACCAUCCCAAAGGCCCGCCUGCUACACAAGCUCAGAAUUCUCGGCAGAAUAGACAAGAAGGUAAAGCAGCGAGUGCUGACCAAGUAUAG